AUGGUCACCAUAUGCAUAGUUGUAUUUCAGACUCAAGCUGUGUUCCAUUUGAUUUACGCUGGACUCUUUUGGUUUGUUCUUCCUUCGUCACUCGUGAUAUGUAAUGACAUCAUGGCAUACUACUGCGGGCAGCUGUUUGGAAAGAAGCUCAUCCGGAGAAGGUUCUUGGAACUGUCUCCAAACAAAACUUGGGAAGGAUUUCUAGGAAGUGCUGUUUGCACUAUGCUUUUCGCGCUAUGGUUCUCCAGGAAGUUGUGCGCCUACAAAUGGAUGACUUGUGUGCCAGAAGAGAUAACAUUAUCGGUCCAUGCGCUGUCUUGCGAACCUGGGCAAAUGUACAGACCGCAAAGCAUCGACAGCAUUAUCGUCGAUGCGCUUCCCAGUGGGAUGAGAGCCUCUUGGCGAGUGCUGGCAGGGUCGAUUCCGGCCUUGAAUGCAGUUGGCCAGCUCGAGAUUUGCCGGGCGCAGAUCCAUGCUUUGAGUCUUGGAUUCUUCGCAUCCUUUGCUGCUCCAUUCGGGGGUUUCCUCUCCUCUGCCAUUAAGCGUGCUUAUGGCAUCAAGGAUUUCAACAACCUCAUUCCUGGGCAUGGUGGCAUGAUGGACCGCUUUGAUUGUCAAUUCGUCAUGUUUCUUUGCACAUACGUGCACAUACGCACUUUCUGCCAAACUCCAGUCACUGUCGAAAUGCUCUUGGCAACUGCAGCGCGGCUCAGCUUGUCUGAGAAGCAGGUGCUGAUCGACAGAUUACAGGAGCAAGUCGCAACUCGAUAG